UCAGAACAAGUAGGUCAGAUUUUAGAAAAUCAAGAACAACCCAGUGAAACCCUACAACAAGACAGUGAACUGGACAAUAUCGAAAGUGAAUAUAAUCAAGUACCACACCAAAUCCCAGCAGAACCAUCUGAAAAUCUACAGAAUAACCAAGAGCAACAGCCCAGUGAAACCACACAACAACAGCAACCCAGUGUCACAACACAACAGCAACAACAAGACAGUGAACUGGACAAUAUCGAAAGUGAGAACAACCAAGUACCACACCAAAUUCCAGCAGAACCAUCUGCACAAAUAAAUCAAGAACAGCAACAGCAACAACAAAGAAUGGCAACCGGUGUAAAACUAAAGAAAUUCGAUGGCUCUGACAAUGUCCAUAUUUGGCUGGCAAACUUUGAAAACUGGCAAAAGUUCCACAACGAAAGUGAUGCCCAAGCACUACUAGCCAUAAGCUGUAAUUUUGAAGGCCAGGCCGCCACCUGGUACCAUACACUGUCGUCAGCAGAAAAAUCAAACAUGCAACUUCUAAAAAAAUCCUUGAAAGACAGGUUCGCACCAAACGAGGCAACAUUCAACCUCAUGGGAAUUAAACAGGAAUUUAAUGAAACCACGGACAUGUACUUGGCCAGAGCAGAGAAAGUCGCUCUAGGACAUGAUCUUCCUGAACUUUACAAAGUUCAGUUUACAGUGAACGGUCUACUGAACAGUAUCAAAAGCCGAAUAAUCGGCAAACAACCCAAAACUUUUCAGGCGUUACGAGAAGCCAUAAUUAUUGCAAAGGCGGAACUUGAUUGCGUGGAUACAGGCUCUGUGUCUGAACUUACACUUAAAGCCUUUGCGUCAGAACUGAAAGAGUCUCUAAAGCAAGAAUUGUGCUCAUUCUCCACGGUUCACAAUCAGAAUAGUGCACCGUACAACAAUCAAAACAAAAGACAGAACAAAAACAAAAGACCUCAGCAACAGUGGCAGCAGCCCCCGCAGCAACAGUGGCAGCAGCCUCCCCCGCAACAGUGGCAGCAGCCUCCCCCGCAACAAUGGCAACAGCCUCCCCCGCAACCAUGGCAGCAGCCCCCACCACAACCAUGGCAGCAACCCCAACAGCAACAAUGGCAGCAGCCUCGAAAGACACAGUGGCAGCAGCCCCAUCAACAGACUCCAGAUGCGAGCCAGAGAGGACGAUCAUGUUCUGGGUGUGGUAAGUCUUGUUAUCCAAGAUAUACUUGCCCUGCUUACAAUCAUUUUUGUUCUAAAUGCAACACAUGGUCGCACUUUGAAGAUGUAUGCCGUGGCACACGAUUAAGACCAAACUUCACACAGACACAACACCCAACUAACCAAUCCCAAAACAACUCAUUCCAAUAGGGGUGCGUGCCU